CUUUGACCCUGAUCUGUUUGCAGUGCAGGCUGGGUAAGUGUCUCUGAGCGGUGGGUGUGCGUGGCGAUGGUUAAACUGGUUGGGUGAGUUUUGGGAGGUGAAUGAAGUCGCUGCAGCAGAGAGGAGAGUUCACACAGGAGCAGAUCAUGGCAGCAGCAGAGUCCAGCCCUCUGACCACUCACGUCCUGAACACCGCAGACGGCGUCCCGGCAGCCAAGAUGGCUCUCACCCUGCAUCGACUCGACUCCAAGCUGAUGAUCUGGAACAUGCUGAGUGUCGGGACAACAAAUAAAGAUGGCCGCUGCCCAGGACUCAUCAGCCGAGAAGCUUUUACCCCCGGCAUGUACAAGCUGCGCUUUGAGACCGGUUUAUACUGGGAGAGUCUGGGUCAGACCUCCUUCUACCCCUAUGUAGAGGUUGUGUUCACCAUCACUGACCCGGAGCAGAGGUUCCACCUCCCCCUGCUGAUGAGUCGGUUCUCUUACAGCACCUACAGAGGAAGCUGACGGCUUCACUUUCCCUCCAUUUUUUUAUUGGUAACACUCAGGGGAAGCACACAGAGGUGUACAACAACAGACAGUGUGAGGUCAGGACCAUACAACAUCAACAAAAUGACAGUAACACAAAGAAAUAACAAACAGAGCCAGGAGGAAGGCGAAUGGUUUGACUGAGAAGCUACAUAUUUAGAUAAAAACACCAACAGACAAACAUAUAAUAUACAUUCUGACACCUUGUCUACUUGCACCACAAGAAAUACUGGUGAUGCAGUUUCUAUUUCAUCAACCAGAGUAGGAAAAAAGGAUUUGAAUAUAAAAUUAUAAGGAAACCAAACCAAACAUUUCCCCAUGUCAACAUGUUUCUGUUGUGUUGUUUCAUCCUGGACUCAGUUCAUUCAUCUCUCUUUCAUUGUGAUCUGUGUCCUGUCAGGUUUUUGUUU